AUGUGGAGAGGUUGGGACGCACAGCCACUCUCCAAGGGCAUCUUCAACUCGGAUGCCGCCAAUUCCGCAUGUCGUGGAUCGCUGGUGAUCAUGGAGGAGGAUGCCUCUUCCCCACGAGAGACCGGCGUCUUUGACCGGCUGCCGCCCAAAGUAAUCGAGCUCAUUCUUUAUGCCGCCGAUGCGAAUACCUUUGCCUCUCUAUCUCUAUUAACGCGACAAUGGAGGCGAUCAUCAGAAUCACCAGCACUGUAUACACAUCAGUUGUCGCGUUGUCCCUCCUUUGCUUGGGCGCGGGGCACGACUCUCACGUCUGGUGAGACGGACAAGGACAGCCUAUCCACCCUCAAGCACCUAUUUCAGGAAGAAAUCAGACGAAAUGCCUUUGACGUAUUUCUGCGACCCCGUCGGACUCUGGUCCGCUUAAUUUCAAGCUCAAUGAGCUCGUCUACCGCCUUCCCCCAAGGUGAAGUAUUUCGUUUCUCUUUCUCAGCAAAUGGCCAUCUGGUACUCUGCAUCAGUUCAUCCCGCAUCGUGAUCUUGGACUUGGCUGCAGAUUCGGUGACUUUAAAAUACGAAUUAAAAACCCGUCGCCGACCUUUGGGGGCUACCAUUCACAAUGAUGGCUCUCUCCUUGCGGUAUUGUCAUCUACACACAAGAUCAAUAUCUACUCGCUCUCGGAUGAAGACGUGAAAUUGAUACAGACAAUUGCACUCAAUGAUGCGCCCCGUGACUUAAUUUUCUCCCCCACAGGAAGUGUACUAGCUUUGUCCUUUGGGGACUGUAUCGAAGUACAUUCCGUCGGGGAAGCAGCUCUACCGACAGAACGUCGAGCAGCUCGUUGCCCACGAGUCGAUGCAAUCUCAUUCUCCCCAGAUGGUUCCAUGGUGCUUGGAUCGCCAGUGGACCCCGAACUAGAUGGCAUUGUGACAAUCACAGCUCCGUUCUAUACCGAACCAGGAAUCGACGCAACGCCCCAAGAAGUGCAAAUGCGAAUGUGGACAACACAGAUCCUAUUCCCAGAAAUCACGCCUGGCUUCACACAUGCAUGUCUAAUAGAUGGCCAUGACGAAUCAGAUGAUAGCUGGAUCCUCGGAUACGAUAUUCAACUGGCAGCUUUCAGAGCAAUCAAAACUAACAAUGUUGGAAUGAGUGGUGUCUACUUUGCCAGCCCAUUUUCGGCAGAGGAGCCACGAGAAAUGCAGCCCAUUAUGCUUCCUACAACAGAUGAGGCUGGCGAACUUGCUGCUUUGGGUUUUCAAGACUCGGAAGUAUGGGUUUAUGGCAUACCGAAGCGCCUUGAUAUUCCUUCAACAAGUUCGACUCCUGAUCCAGAUGAGAGCACGGAAACUCGUUUCAGUGGUGAUCAUCAUUAUGAGGGUCGAUCUCCUCCACGUGAUAAUUUGGUGCAGUUACACAAGAUCAUUCAACAGCCUAAGGCAUUGAUUCGUGGCCGUCAAGUAACUGACAUGCACGGUAUGACUGCCGCUAAAUGGGUACACUCGACAGAGAAAACGACCUACCGACGUCGAUUGGUUACUGUGGCACCGGGUGGUGUACGUCCACAGUUAUUUGGCGAAGAGGAUGUCCCCGUGGACGGCGGACGCAUGCUUGUCCUGGACUUUGAGCGUUCGACUGCCAAUGGCGAGGAAGUCGAACUUGAUAUUGAAGUUGGAGAAACAGAAGCAAAAAUGCUGAUGGAGCCAGACUCGUCCUUGGAUACGGAAGUCGAGCUAGAAAGGAGAAGAACUCGCUUGCACCGUGGUGAUACUGACUCGACGGCCCUCAGUCACCGACCUUCACGAAUGCAUCCACGGUCUACAAGCCAGACAUUGGUACCCAUCCUUCGUCGCAACAGUCUAUCUGUGCCUAUAUCACCCGAGGAAGUCACAGCGGGGAAUGUGCCAGAGAUUCCCUAUGAUAACACCCUGCCACGCUCCCAAGAUACACUUCACCGGGCUGCUACAGCCGCAGCCUCAACCCGGGGAAGGUAUGACCCACGGUAUCGUAAUGUUCCCAGCCGCCGUUACGUACCCCAUGAAAGUGACGCCGACAACUGGGUACCACCGCCUCCCCAUACAAGCGCGAUGCCGAUGGACCUUUGCCAGACCAUUUACGGCAAACUCUUCUUGGUAGCACACCGGGUAACAAUCUUCGGUCUGAUGACUCGGCAUCCCAGCAAAUACAGAGAGCCCAAACUGCCCGUGUUCCACGACCAACCUCAGAGGAUCGCCCACGCCCACAAUCAGCCAUCCUCCAGCGACUGGGCCCCAUUUCUAUACGCCCUGCAAGAGCUCGACGAGAGUCUGGUGCAUCUCAAAUUGGAUGUUUCCCAAGCUUCGCAACAAAUUCUUGUCACGGAGAGCUCCCCAGUCAACACUUGGCCUCGACCCCAAACUGCAGGACAUGUGGUUCCAAUCGUGACGGGUCAACAUCCUUAUCUCCAACCACUUCCGCAACUAGCAGUUCACCCAGCCGAGGAGGCCACCCGAGAACCAAUCAUGCCUAUGCCUUCACUGGGAGCUACCAUGCUCGGGGAGGCCUACCUGCCAUACUCGGUGUCAUCUCCGAAUCUGCUCCACAUCCCGCAACCAAGUGGUAAUGCAUUGGACAUUUCAGCUGCGGAGGACGAAGCGCAAAUACCGGAACGACAACGAUCUUUCCGCCGGCGGGUCUCGACAGAGCCAACCAGCCUACCGCCCUCCGAGAAUGUAGAGUGGCGGCGGCGCAUCGAGGAUUGGAACGAACAUACCAUCCGGGAACGAAGUCGGAAACGACGAAAUAAGUGCAUCAUUAUGUAG